AUGGCCACAAACUUUGACAUGAACAAUAUGACCGUUGAACAACUUAUGGCGCUUAGUGAGAUAAUUGAUGAUAGCGACUAUGAGGAAAGAUUCGAGGAUGAAGUUGAGAGAAUAUCUAGGGACAAAUUCUAUCGAGUUGCACCUAAGGAUAAAGGCAAAGAUCCCUCUGAAGGAAAAAGUCAAUUCAUAGAUGAAGGUGACCGUUCUACAGACUCUAGGAGGCCAAGGAGACGCCCAUUGAAUGAGAAGGGAGAGAGAAGUAUAAUGCCAACAUGGAAAUAUUCCGAGAGACAGAAGGCAAAGGCUUUACUAGUCGAGGAGGCAUAUCAGAGUCUACUUAACCGAGGAGUUGAAGGUCUACCACCAACAAUGGGAGGUAGAUGGAGAACGGACGAUCCCCAGGUAAAUACGGAGAUGAAAAGACUAGAGAACCUUAGGAACCCGAAGCGUCCAAGAGGUAGACCACCAAAGGCUAAGACCGACGGUGCUGUUAAGGUUCCUAGAGGCAGGCCAAUAAAGGUUAAGGUUGAUAGUGAAGCUAAAGCCCCCAAGAGACGUGGAAGACCACCAAAGGCUAAAGCUGAGACACCAGAAGCUAAGGUCCCUAAACGAAGAGGUAGACCACCAAAGGCUAAGGUAGCUGAAACACCUAAACCUAAGGUUAGAAGGCAAACUGUCGCGGAGAGGUUUAUAAGUCAAAACCGGAUAAAACUCUCAAUUCCCGCGAAUAGCGUGAUAACUCGGGUGGGACCGAAUAAGUUCACGGUGACUGUGGAUCUUAGUAAGAAACCAACACGAAAGCUCCUGAGGUACCGAAAGGUGUGACUCCAUGGAAACCUACUCGUAAACCAAGAACUGUAUUCCCUAGGGAAAGACCUGUUCCUAAACCUAGGACUAAAAAGCCUGUUCCUCCUUCAAAGUUAAGAAAGCCUGUGAAGGUGACUAGGGAAGUUGGGGAACAGCCAGUAGUGGUCUCACCAGAGAAACAUGAAAUUGAUCCAUUUGGAACAUACCUCGAGAAGCCAUCUUAUAGGAAAAUAGAAACAGCCGCAAAUGGAGCAGCUGUGACUUACUCAAUAACUCCAAAUUAUAUGGAUCCACUAAAUCAGAUGACCGCAAGUAGGCAGGUGGUGAGAGGAAUAUUAGUGAACGAGCUGAAGAGAAUGGGAGGUCUAAAAUAUACGGAAACCAUCAAGAUAAGAAUGUCAAAGGAAAUUGGAAAUAACAAAACAAAGAAGGAUUCAAUAUACUUCAAGUCAAGAACAGGAACUGCUACAAACUUUGAGGAUAUCGAAAGCACUGCAGCUCAAAACCAACUGACUAUCUUAUCCAGAAUUGAAACCUUCCAGAACUUAGGUUCGAAUUGGAUUAUACUAAACAUUGAAAGCCACUACGUUAAUAUUGCAAUGUAUAAACCUCUAAAGGGUAGUUCAUAUAUGAAAUUACCUGCAGACAUUAGCAAUCCAAAAUGUGGACUCAUAAAUAUGCAAAACAAUGACAAUAAAUGUUUUAUGUGGAGUCAUGUGAGACAUGUGAGACCGAAGGCUAGGAGAGCAACGACAAUUACAAAGCAAGAUGUUGAGUUCGCAAAGAACCUAGAUUACGAAGGUAUAGACUUCCCUGUAAAGAUAAGCGAUAUUGACAAAAUUGAGAGAAAGAAUUCAAUAAGCAUAUCAGUGUUCGGUUAUAAGGGCAAAAAGCAGUUCUACCCAAUCAGAAACUCCAAGACUAAAUAUGACGAACAUAUGGAGCUGCUGCUGCUAGGUGACAACGACGGUGGUAACCACUACGUUCUAAUAAAGGAUGUAAAUAGAAUGCUCUUCAGUGUUAGCGGAAACUCAAACAAGAAACACUUCUGUUUAUAUUGCCUCCAUAGUUGCGUUAGCGAAGAAUCAUUAAAGAAACAUAGUGAAACGUGUAUUAGUGUAAAUGGGACUCAGGCCACAAAGCUUCCAAAUGAAGGUUCAAAAAUAAAGUUCGGACAUUAUAGGAAUUCAAUGCCUGCACCCUUUGUGAUCUAUGCUGACUUUGAGUCUAUGCUGGUUCCUGAGGAAAGAAAAGUUGAAUCUAAAGACGCUGAGGAGAAGAGUACAACAGAACUUUACCAGACACAUAAAGCUUGUAGUUUCGGGUUGAAAACAGUGUGUCAUUAUGAUGAUAAGUACUCCGGUAAAUACACAAGCUAUGUUGGUGCAGACGCUACAGAGGUCUUCCUGAAGACAGUUCUGAAGAAAUCCAUCAGGUGCCGGGAAAUGGUAAAUAAAAUUUUCAAGAAAAAGAUGGUCAUUACACCAUGA